GCAGAUGCGUGACGCUGGGAGCGGGGGCUCGCUGGGUCCCGAGGCAAAGAUGAUGCACUUACACGGCUUACAACACUAGAUACACUCGCUAAAAUUACCUGGUGGAGUCCAGUGUGGGCAGCCUGGAGGAGGACCGCUUGUAAUAACACCGCCAGCACCGUGCCACCCAUAAUUUCGUUGAUUCUCGAGAUGUGUGUUUGUGUGACGGCACCCGCGUCGCACCCACCCGGCCCAUAUCCAAGAUGGCGGCGCGGCCCGUAUUGGCUGGCUUCAGCGCCUAGUUCUGCGAUUGGUCCACAGAUGGCGAUAGUGUUUUGAGUCUAGUCUCGCUCUCCCUCCCAGCCUUAUCGCGCUAAUAAUGAAGGUCCGACCAAGGCGAGCGCUUAUUGGUUCGCUGAGCUCCCUUACCUACUGAUUGGGCAGACUUGUUUACCGCUCGCGGUUCUCGUGCCUGGUGUCUAAUUCAGAAAAGGAUUCAUUUGCCAUCACAGGUAGUCGAGGCUGGUGUGUACACAGUUGUUACUAAGUAGUUACCACUGGGAAGAAUUAUGUGAACAAUGAGUUCAAAUUAUAUUGAUAGUAUUCUGCCAAAGUACCAGGCGGACUCCGCUGCUAACCUGGUCAACUACAAUUCUCAAGCCAGAAGUAUGUACCCCUACGUGAGUGUCACUUCACAUCAGCUGUCUGCCAACGCGCCCUCCAACAUGUCGCCCUUCAGCGCUAUGACGGCGACCACAGACGCCGAAAAGCAGUGUCGAUACUCCCAGACUGGGGCCACGGACAUGUCCCAAUAUGGCCUCAACCUGCAGAACUGUGCCACCACAAGCAACAUGGCACAGUACUUCCACCAGAACAACGCCACUAACCCUCUCAACUCCUGCAGUCAGCCUACAGCUCCCACACCUCACAUCCCGGACAUCCCGCGGUACCCAUGGAUGUCAAUCACAGAAAACCAAUGGCGAGGUCUGACAGCCAAUUGGAACGGCCUACCAUGGAGUCCAAACGGCUGUCCACGACGACGCGGGCGACAGACCUACACACGCUUCCAGACGUUGGAGCUCGAGAAGGAAUUCCACUUCAAUCACUACCUUACCCGCCGACGAAGGAUAGAGAUCGCCCACGCCCUUUGCUUGACCGAGAGACAGGUCAAAAUCUGGUUCCAAAACCGGCGUAUGAAGCUGAAGAAGGAGCUGCGGGCGGUGAAGGAGAUCAACGAGCAGGUGCGCCGGGAGCGAGAGGAGCAGGAGAAGUUAAAGCAACAGCAAGACGACAAGAAGACCAACAAGGACCAGCCGUCGGCGGGCAACACCCCUGCCGGAGCAGCCACCAACGCUUCCUCCUCGUCCUCUUCCACCUCCUCCGCGUCGGCGGGAGGAGGGGCAGGGGAUACCAAAGCUGCGACUUAACGUUAUGGUGAUUUCUCCCCAGAUGGGCGUGCCUAUUUAAACAGAAAUUUCCACUUCACGCCCACACAAUCCAAUGACAUGCACGCCCAGCAACUCCCUCUCACGUCCACCUCUCCAGAAGAUGUUGCACUCUCCCUCACCCCGACCCUCAGCACCGCCAUGGACCUGGAGAUGUAUAACUCGAUAUUAAACUAAGAAUUAAAGUUUUUUAGAAAAAAAGUGCAAUAUUGGUGAUAGAAAUUUUUUGAUAGUGAUGAUUUUUAAGCCAAAAAAUUGAUAAGUUCUCGAUGAUGAUUGAAAGAAAGAAGGCUGGAAAUGAUGUCGAAGGCGGACGGUUGCGUCGAGAUUUCUGAAUCAAACUUGAACCUCGUCCUCGCAACCCGACGCCUCGCGCCUCCGGGUUCCAGCCUGCAACUAAAGCUCCAAAGGCAAAGCCGUUUGAGGUGCGGGGUCUGGAAGUGACAAGGAAACUUCUGGAGCUCGACAACUAUGUGUUCUUCAUUUGUGAGGCACACGUGUGCUCUUUGGACGACGAGGCCACACCUCCAGCAACUACUUCUUCAAAUAGUGAACAAAAGAAUAAAGAUUACAGAGACAGCAAUUCCAAAAUAUAACAAAUAGCCAUCAAAUUCUGAAUGCAAAAGCAAAGAAACAAGCAGUAAUAUCCAGAUAGUCUAUCACACACAUUUGCUUCGGGAACUUCCUGUGUGUGACCUUUGAACUCACACCGGGGCCCCGAGGCAAUGCAUGACCUAAGGACAUUUCUCCUACUCGUGAACUUGACCUCUGAAAGUAAAACCAAGUAACUUCAUGGUUCAUUUAUAUAUCAACACCACGCGGGUUAUCUUUCCAAAACGCCCUGUCGACUUACAAGGCUCAUGGAGAUGGUGACAAGCUAGGAGGAUUCCUUACAAAUGACAUGCCACAAGUGCCCCCGGUCGGGUAGUGUCCUCUGCCACACCAGCCUGUCUUGUAAGUCCACAGCGUGUAUAAUAAGUCUCUCGAUUUGGUUAGACACUUGAGAUGGUUCUUUUUUUGCCUAGUAAUAUGAUGAUUAUAUUAUGAAAAUAACAAUGAUAAGUAAAAAUCCCAGAAUUGUCAUUAGUCACUCAAACCAUCUUGAGUAGCUAAGCCAAGGAGAGAGGAAGAUGGGAAACAUAUAUGAUACUCAUUGCAAUGGAUCCACACGGUUUAUGUGUUCGGACGAUAAAAUGACUCUUGAUAGCCCAACUAGAUUGUUAUAAGUUAAUAGUGUUGUACAUGACAGGAUGCCAGUGACCAGAUAAUAGCAGAUGAUUAGCUAAUCAAUGGUUCCUAUUCCCGAUGUUUGUGAAAAGAAGAGAAAUUAAUACUUCCUCAUUAUUUUGUACAUUUCGUGUUAAUUAUUAAUGUUGUUUUCUUAUCGGCUUCUUUCGUGAAAUUAGAAGUUUUACCAAUGAUUCCAGCUUUAAGUUCAAUUAAAAAAAAAGAGGAAAAAGGCGCAGAUUGGAACUGUUUGACUGAUUGAAAUGCGGUAGUUCAGUGACUGAGAAUUGUUACAUUGUAAAUGGAUUAUAUUUAUUUGUAUUAAUUGUUAUGUUUGACGUCGGAUUAUAGGGUUGAUCGCCAUGCUGGUGUACAUGCGUGGUGUGCAUGGAAGGUAUACAUGUAAAC